AUCAUGAAUAUUUUAUUGCGAAUAUAAUCUAUAAGGCAGAGUAGAUUCACACAGAACAUUAAGACCAAACCAUCCAAAUGAUAUUUUAAUUUAGGUGUACUGUAGGAACUGGGUCAGGAACUGUAAUCCUCCCCAAAAAACAAAUGAAGCAAGCCAUUUCCAAUUCAUUCUUUGCCCUGGCUCAGAAUCAGAUCUGAGUCUCUGCCCUUCCAUGACUUUAUUGGCAAUAUCCAAGAGAUUCAAUUUUCUCCCUGGUUCUUUAUUGGUUUAUCUGAGUUUGCAGCAAAGCUCUUUUCUCCUUUUGUGUUGCUGCAGCUUGUGGGUGGUUUAUUUCUAGUUGACAGGAACUCUUGCUUUCCUCCUGUCUCCGUGUCCAGCCCCAGGUAUCAUCUGUAAGUAUUUAACAUGCAUGUUUCCUCUUCUCUACUCCUGUCACAAUGUGCAACCAUGAUGAAAGGCAGUGGGAAAAGUAAAUGGUUGCAAAAGCCCAGUGCCUUUGCCCUGUCACCUUCACAAUGUAGACGAGGAUUUUAAAUUAGGGAAGAAAUGCAAAUCUGCAGCUAGAAAGCCUUUCCUUAAUGCAACUGCUGUCUCUCCCCCCCCCCCGUUUCUGAGACAUGAUCAAAUGAUCCAAUUCACAAUGAAUUAAAAAUGUUAAGAGGGAGCAGUGAGGGCUGUGAUAGGGGAGCUACUACAGUAAUGAUUUCUUUGCAUUCCCCUAUUGGUCAACUAAAAGUGGAUACUGGGUGACUCAGAGGGUUUGCAGAGUUUUCUGCAUUUUGAGGAUGAAAGAAGUGAAGAUGAAUGCAGAUUGGGCUUGAGUUGAAAACUCCUGAAAGAAAAACCAAUACUGUGUACAUAAUUUAAUCAUAAAGGAUCAAGAAUGCUGCAACUGCACUCUAUGCUUAGACCUUUGGUCCAGAUGAGAUCAUAUUCAGAAUAUGCUACACAUAAUGCAGAUGAAUGAGUUAAAUGGUCAAAAGAUAUUCUGAAGUGCACAGAUUAUAUAGUCUUCACCUAGUAAAAAAUAAACAACCUUGUAUUAUACUAAAUCAGUUUGUUAUUAAAACAAGGAAUGGAUACAAUAUCUCUACCCCAAAGACAUUCAUUUCUAGCUCUUGACAUACCGUAGAAUAGGUGGGAGAAAAAGGCAGAUUAAACAAUGACCAUACUAUGAAUAGAGUUAGCAUUUGAUACACAGCAGUGAUGUGAAUUCUUUCAUAAUAGCAUUGUGGUGUUGUUACAUGACUGCUUACCUGAGCCUUUGUCUUGGGAAAUAAUUUAUUGUAGUAUAUGCCUUGCCAGCCAAGAAAGGAUCAAUAUUUACUUACAGUACUUGCUUCAUUUUGUUUUCAAUAUUGCCUUAGUGUCUCAGAUUGAUGGUGCUAUUCAAGUACAGAAAACUUUGGGCCAGAUGAAAUGUAUUUGGUAGACAAAUAUGAUGUACCCUAAGAAUCUCCACACUGUGAGUUGCAACAUCUGAUAUUUAAGCUGGCUAUGCGAUAUGAUCAUGCAUUACAUUUUCUUACACAAUUCUUACUAUACUGAAUUAUUUAAAAGAACAGAAGGCCAUCCUAAUGGAAAUACACAUGGUUGGUUCCAUAAUUAAUCUUAGACAUAGAAUUAUAUAAAUUCCACAUCAUGUAGUAUUAUGCAAAAUUCAAUCACUUUUCUGUUGUCUUUCAAAAUUUCUAUAAAUAAGGAACUGGGAAGACGUAACUAACUUAAGUAUUGCCUUAACUGUGCAUUGUGCCUUUUGGGAGAAUCCACCUUUUUAAAAAACAAAACCCAAAUGCACAAAAAUCUCGACGUAGAUGGAUUGCAUUAGCUUCCAACUUGAUUGGAGAACAAAUCCUUUGACCUGGAUGACCCUCCCUCGAAUACUUUAUGGCUGGCAGUGGACUGGAGUUAUAGGGGACUGAGAAUGGAAACAACCAAUCCCAGAUCCACCGGCGUUUCUCACAGUUUAGCUGGCGAAGAGUUUAAAUCUCGAGUUUUUGGGAACUGGUGGAUGUUGGCGUCCUCGUUGAGGGAGCGUUUAGGCUUCCGACAACCCGCUCCAAACCGUCGCCACCUCAGCCCCUUUGGCUUUAUGACUGCGCAUGGUGGGGAAGGGUCGAGCCGUAUGCCCGCAUCCCCCCUCUCCGCCCCGACCCGGCGGAACUGCUCUCUCGCCAUUUUCCCUGAAGCCAUUUCAAGGGACAACCCGCCGCUUCCGCCACCCCCGCAGCCGGCGGGAAGCGCCUCACGACCGCUCCGCGGGGCCGGCACGACCUCCCCUCUCCAGCGCUCCCUCCGGGCCCCUUCUGCUCUCCGAGAUCCCGGAUUGGCUGGGCGGCCGCCUCGUCCCAGAAUGCAUUGCAUGGCGCGUCAUUGAAGAGAGACCAUGAUGGCGGCGGCCGCGGUGGCGGGGGGAGCCUCCGAAGUGAUCGCUCAGCUGGAGAGCGCGGCCAAAGUGCUGAUGGCACCACCCUCCAUGGUCAAUAACGAACAACGUCAGCACGCCGAACACAUUUUUUUAUCGUUUAGAAAAUCAAAAUCGCCGUUUGCAGUUUGCAAACAUAUUUUAGAAACUAGUAAAGUGGACUAUGUCCUUUUUCAAGCUGCCACAGCGAUAAUGGAAGCAGUUGUACGAGAAUGGAUUCUAUUGGAAAAAAGCAGUAUAGAAUCACUACGAACAUUCCUUUUAACGUAUGUCUUACAAAGGCCAAAUCUCCAGAAAUAUGUGCGGGAACAGAUAUUAUUAGCAGUAGCAGUAAUAGUGAAACGAGGGUCUUUAGACAAAUCAAUUGACUGCAAGAGCAUUUUUCAUGAAGUCAGCCAGUUGAUAAGCAGCGGCAAUCCCACAGUGCAAACUCUGGCCUGUUCCAUUUUAACCGCAUUGCUAAGUGAGUUCUCAAGUUCAAGUAAAACCAGUAACAUUGGAUUAAGCAUGGAAUUUCACGGCAAUUGCAAACUAAUAUUUCAGGAGGACGAUCUCCGCCAGAUUUUUAUGCUCACAGUAGAGGUACUACAGGAAUUCAGCCGGCGUGAAAAUCUUAAUGCUCAGAUGUCUUCGGUCUUUCAGCGUUACCUUGCACUAGCCAAUCAGGUCUUAAGCUGGAAUUUUCUUCCUCCAAAUUUAGGCAGACAUUAUAUAGCUAUGUUUGAAUCCUCACAAAAUGUGAUGUUAAAGCCAACAGAGUCCUGGCGUGAGACCCUCCUGGACAGCAGAGUGAUGGAGCUUUUCUUUACAGUACAUCGAAAAAUUAGAGAAGACACCGAUAUGGCACAAGACUCUCUGCAAUGUUUAGCCCAGCUAGCCUCUCUUCAUGGGCCAGUCUUUCCAGAUGAAAGCUCUCAAGUUGAUUAUUUGGCUCACUUCAUUGAGGGAUUGCUCAAUACGAUCAAUGGGAUUGAGAUAGAAGAUUCUGAAGCUGUGGGCAUAUCCAGUAUAAUCAGCAAUUUGAUCACUGUAUUUCCUCGCAAUAUAUUAACAGCCAUUCCAAAUGAACUUUUCUCUUCAUUUGUUAACUGCCUCACACAUCUCACUUGCUCUUUUGGAAGAAGUGCUGCCUUGGAAGAAGUUCUUGACAAAGAUGAUAUGGUAUAUAUGGAGGCAUACGACAAGCUCUUGGAAUCGUGGCUUACCUUGGUACAAGAUGAUAAACAUUUCCACAAAGGCUUCUUCACUCAGCAUGCUGUUCAGGUUUUUAAUUCUUACAUCCAGUGCCACUUAGCUGCUCCUGAUGGUACAAGGAAUUUGACUGCCAAUGGUGUAGCUUCCAGGGAGGAGGAGGAAAUAAGUGAGCUGCAGGAGGAUGACAGAGAACAAUUUUCUGAUCAGCUGGCCAGCAUAGGCAUGUUAGGAAGAAUUGCUGCUGAACACUGUAUACCUCUUCUUAUCAGUUUGUUAGAAGACAGAGUGACAAGGCUUCAUGGCCAGUUACAAAGGCAUCAGCAAUUAAUAAGUUCAGCUGGAUCGAGCUCCAUUGACAGUAAAGUGCUUGAUGACUUGUAUGAGGAUAUUCAUUGGCUUAUUCUAGUCACAGGCUACCUCUUAGCUAAUGAUACUCAGGGAGAGACUCCGCUAAUACCUCCAGAAAUAAUGGAGUAUUCCAUUAAGCAUUCAACUGAGGUUGACAUCAAUACAACGCUUCAAAUUCUUGGAUCUCCAGGAGAAAAGGCCUCUUCCAUUCCAGGGUACAACAGAACCGAUUCUGUUAUUAGGUUAUUGUCUUCUGUUCUAAGAGUUUCGGAAGUGGAGUCUCGAGCAAUAAGAGCAGAUCUUACGUACCUUCUGAGCCCGCAGAUGGGAAAAGAUAUUGUGUGGUUCCUCAAACGGUGGGCAAAAACCUAUCUCCUCGUAGAUGAAAAACUAUAUGACCAGAUAAGCUUGCCAUUCAACACCGCAUUUGGUGCUGACACUGAGGGUGCCCAAUGGAUUGUGGGCUACCUUUUAGAAAAAGUAAUCAGCAAUCUUGCAGUGUGGAGUUCUGAGCAAGAUCUUGCCAAUGACACUGUGCAGCUACUAGUAACUUUGGUAGAAAGGAGAGAGAGGGCAAAUUUAGUAAUUCAGUGUGAAAACUGGUGGAACUUAGCAAAACAGUUUGCCAGACGGAAUCCCCCUCUUCACAUUCUAUCCAGUUCAGUGCAACGUACGUUAAUGAAAGCCUUAGUUCUUGGAGGUUUUGCUCAUAUGGAUGGAGAUACCAAACAACAGUACUGGACAGAAGUUCUUCAGCCACUGCAACAACGAUUCUUAAAUGUGAUAAACCAAGAAAACUUCCAACAAAUCUGCCAGGAAGAGGAGGUGAAACAGGAAAUCACUGCCACCUUAGAAGCACUUUGUGGUAUUGCUGAGGCUACCCAAAUAGACAAUGUAGCAAUUCUUUUUAAUUUUCUGAUGGACUUUCUUACAAAUUGCAUUGGACUAAUGGAAGUGUACAAGAAUACACCAGAGACUGUUAACCUCAUCAUAGAAGUUUUUGUUGAAGUUGCACAUAAACAAAUAUGCUAUCUUGGAGAGUCUAAAGCUAUGAAUUUAUAUGAAGCUUGUCUGACCCUACUUCAAGUAUAUUCCAAGAAUAAUUUAGGUAGACAACGAAUAGAUGUUACAGCAGAAGAGGACCAAUACCAGGAUCUUCUUCUCAUUAUGGAGCUUCUCACAAACCUACUUUCAAAAGAAUUUAUAGAUUUCAGUGAUACAGAUGAAGUGUUUAGGGGACAUGAACCCGGGCAGGCAACAAACAGAUCUGUAUCAGCAGCAGAUGUUGUCUUAUAUGGAGUGAACCUAAUCCUGCCUUUAAUGUCUCAAGAUUUGUUAAAGUUUCCAUCACUAUGUAAUCAAUACUACAAACUAAUUACUUUUAUUUGUGAAAUAUUUCCUGAGAAAAUUCCACAGCUUCCAGAAGAUUUGUUUAAAAGCCUUAUGUAUUCAUUAGAAUUGGGGAUGACAUCAAUGAGUUCAGAUGUUUGCCAGCUCUGCUUAGAAGCUCUGACACCAUUAGCAGAACAAUGUGCAAAAACACAGGAAUCAGAGUCAUCCCUUUUUUUAGCAACAAGACACUUUCUUAAGAUGGUUUUUGAUAUGCUGGUACUGCAAAAGCACAAUACAGAGAUGACAGCUGCAGCAGGAGAAGCAUUUUAUACAUUAGUAUGUUUGCAUCAGGCAGAAUAUUCUGAAUUAGUUGAAACUUUACUGUCAAGUCAGCAAGAUCCCAUAAUUUACCAGCGGUUAGCAGAUGCUUUCAACAAACUUACUGCAAGCAGCACUCCACCUACGCUGGACCGUAAGCAGAAGAUGGCCUUCCUCAAAAGUUUAGAAGACUUUAUGUCAAAUGUUGGUGGUCUUCUCUGUGUAAAAUAAAUACCAGAACUGUAUGCCUAACUUAGACCCUUUUUGCAAAAUGCACUGAAAAAUGCUGAAAGCUGACUUAAUCUUAAAUGCCUGUUGCUGGGUUUUUUGCAGCCACCUAAAAUUUCAGAGCCUGGAAGUUUUGAGCAGUGGAAUAGGAGAUGUCAACUCUAAAAUCAGCUUCUGCUAAUAUGUGUUAGUCAUCAUCUGUCAUACACCUUUUAUGUUGUACAGAAUAAACAGAAAAACUGAAAUGUUUCAAAGAAUUCCACAAGUGCAUACAGACAUGGGCACAGUAAACAAAAAACAAACAAACCAAGAAUCAGUGCCUUGUCCCAGAAGUCCUCAAGUAGUGAUGAAUCAAAGUCCUAUAAUAUUUUUUUUUUUUUUUUGCUAGAAGCCCUUUUGGUGCGUGAUUUAGACACAUACAGAACUGUAAAACAAUUCCAAGCUUUAUUUUUCCUCUCUGAAAACUGUGUAACCCAGUGAAGAAGAAACCACCAAAUGAUAUUUUUUAACUUGGAUUUAGUGUUGUUGUUAUUUUUUGUUUUGCUUUUUUUACAUCAACCUGGUGUUGCAUGUUUGUGUAAUACAACUUUUUACAUUAUAUGCUGCUGCCCUAAAGUUCAGAAAGAAGAAAGGUGUAUAUUUUUGUUUCCCCUAAAAUGAACUUUAGGAACUGUAGCCAUUUCAUUGCCUUAAUUUAAAACAAAAAAUAGCUGAAAUAAGUUAGGUGAGUUAUCUAAGGCAAGCUUUGAAUUUUCAGAACUGGUUUAGAAUGUUGGCACUAAGCUGCCAUGUAUCUAUUUGCAGCCCUUGUGUGUUGGGAGUAUUAUGUCUGUGAGUGUAAACAAAAAUCAAUGUCUAUUUUUACUUUUAAUAUUUGUUGAGUCAUACCCAGGUCAUACACAACUGCAGUGUAUUUCAAGAUUGGAUUGUUUGCUGAAGCAAUAAUGUUUCAAAUUUUGUAAAUUAUUGAUUUCUACAAUUUUUUUAUGUUAGGGCAUUAGAUUCUGUGGCUAGAUUACAUGAGUAUCAAACUCUUCUAGCAAAGGCCGUGCAUGUUUGACUUCAUGAUUCAGAAUAUGGACCCGUGGUUUAAUAUUUUGCCACCAUUGUCAAAUUAAUACUGCUGCCUUCUGCUGCUCCGAUCCCACUUGUUUGGUGUGUUGGCACUUUAAGUAUGUAAGAUAACCUGUAUGGUUUAAUCCUGCACUCACCAAAUAGGAAGUUGCCAUGGGAACAAAGUGGCAGGAUAUCAAGACUAUGGAAGCAGAAUGUUUAUUCAUAAUUGUAAGCCAAACUAAACCAACCGGAAUGUGUACGCUGCUGAUUAAAAAUAACCUUUUUUAAUGAAGGAAGGAGAAAUUUGUCUCCAGAACCUUGUGCUCCAUACUUACAAGAACUAAGCUAUUGGAUAUUAACAAAGAUUUUUACAUUUUAUAUGGAGAUGUAAACCCUAACCUCAUCUUAGCAUCAUGUUUGCAAUUCCAUGCCAGUCCUGAGCUGUUCAUCUCAACAUUUAAUCACACUACCCAUAAUUAUUUAUAUACAGUAUGAUUUGAAAUUUUAAUAAUAUAGAGUUUUAUAGGGUCCAAGACUUCUUUAAUUCCUUCUAAUUAAAUCACAAUCAGAAACCAAGGCAAAGAUGGGUCAUGGUUUGUAAAUCUUUCCUAUGAACUGUAAUGUUUUCAAAAAAUGAAGACUGGCUAGAGGAAGUUGCUUCCUUGAGUAAGUAAACAAAAAGAUUCAGUAAAGGGUGGCUCAGUACAGAGAUCACUAUGAACAAAAUGGCUUGGCCUUCAGAACAUUCUGUCUCAAACCCUUUGCACUUGAUUUAAUUUAGUAUGCAUGAGUGGCUGGGCUGAGCAAAUGAUGGCUAUUUAGCCACUGAUUGGUCUCCUAAAGAAUAAGUUUUAAAAUACAUAUUCCUAAUGAGCUAAUCCAUAAUUUGCCAUGAUAUCUGAACUGAUCCUCAGUUGUUCAAUUCACAAUUAUACUGUUCCAUCUCUUUCUGUUAGUGUUAUUUGUAGAAUAAGGGAAUUGUUUUGGCUUCUGAUUUGUUUUAAAAAUUGGGUUUGUCCUGUGGUUCCAACACAAUUAUGUGUGUUUUUAAGUAUGAUGAAUUCUACAUGUGUCUUUUUUAAAUAAUUUGUUAACAUUUAAGUUUCUAAACCAAUUGCUUUCAAAAUUUUACUCAUGAUAUUGAAAGAAAUUCUACUGCCUCUAUUUAACUGAUGGCAAUUUAUUGAUUGGAUGUAAGUUCUCAUUGUAAACAACAAUUCUAGUUUAUAAAAUUAGUGCUCAAAGGUGCCAUGUGAACUUUUGGAAAUGUGAGACAUAAUGUUUAUCUCUGGAAGCAUUGAAGAGCCCGUUUGCACAAUUUCUUUAAAGAGGAAAUACUUGCAGGGCAACAGUGAAUCGUGCCCAAGAAUUCCACCUUUUUGACUGUUUGGGGAAGAAUCUGCUAAGUGCUGCUGAGCAUCAUUUGUUCAUUUCAAGUUACUCUGUUCCAAAUGUCUGCACAAAUGAAUGGUGGUUGUGCACAACAGGGCUUGGUGGAUUGUUUCUAAAUUGUCAAGGAUUAUUUGCCAUUUUAAACUUGCUUCCCGAUUUAAAAUGUAUAUUAUAUUAAAGGGACUCUAUCCAAUACAUUUUUAUCUGAAAUUUUGUAAUUGUUAAAAAUUUCUAAGAAGGCUAUCUUUCCAGUUUUUGUAUUUUUUUAAAAGUAUGAAUAAUACUAUCUUACCCUUACUUCAUCCAACAUGUUUCCAGAUAUAAUGCAAUGUAUCUCCACUCCUAAAUGUUGACAUUUUAACAAUCCAGAAUUGCUCUAUUAAUUCAGAAAGCUCAAUUUCAAGCAUAGACAGAUUUAUCACAUUGGAGAACUCUUUCAUUACUUGACUGUGUCCAGAUUGUUAUAAGAAAGGAGUCUUUAAUGGGAUACGAUGUACUUCUUUUAGUAAAAACACAGACAAAACCAAUGGAAGACAAUAAAAAAAAAUAAUGCAUUUCAGUUAGCUGACGGUCUUUGAGAAUUUGGUUCAUUAUUCAAUAACCCCAAUGAAUCUGCCUUCAGGGAAAACUUAGAGAAAAGGAAAACAUUAAGUAAAAAAACACUUGCUAUAAGAUCCCAUUAUGCAACCUACUUUAUAAUUCAGACAUAGCAAAUAUGAUGCUUUGACAGAGUAAACAAUUUUCUUGGGAUAUCUUUUUAAUGAUAGCCAUUGCUAUUCUAUACUUACUUCCAAAUUAUAUAUUCGGCUCUAUUGCUAGAUUUUCAAAACAUAUAACAUAAAAAACAUGAAUCACAUGAUUUAAGCAUAGAUAAACUGACCUUGCUUUUAUCUCGGGUGUUGAUAGUGUUAUUACGCUUUUCAAAAAAAAAAAAAAAAGGCCUGGAAUUUUAAUUUGAGCAUGUUAAAAUGCAGUCCAAAUAUUGGGUUGUCAUGAUAUUUAGUGAAAUAUAUGCAAUUUCUGUAAAAAUACAGAAUGUAAAAAAUUUGAUAAUUUUCUUAAAAUCCAAAUUAAUUGUCAUAUUUGACAGCUUAUUUAUCACAACAGAAAUUGAAAUCAUUCAACCUGGUCCCAGCAAUUAUUGGUGUUAAACAUAUACAGUAGUAAUAUGUCUGCACAAUAAUAGCAAAGUUAGUUAUACUAGUUUCCAAUGUCUUCUGUGAUUUUAUUUGGGUUGGUUUUUUUCCAAUGAGCCACUCCAUACAGAACUUAAACCAUGCAAAAGAACACUCUGAAAAACAAUACCAUCCUUAUGGAUUAUUGGAAAUGAAACAGAAUAACAUAGCAUUUUCCAUCUUAUUUUAUUAAUCUGUGAGAAAAGUGAAUUCUGCUGAACAGCUUAUGUUUACAGGCUUAUCUCAUUAUUCUGAGAGUCAGCUUCAUUAAAGAUUAUUUUAAAAGCAGGCCUCAAAGUAAUGAAAAUCUAUUUUUCCAAAAGUUCUGGUCUGCAAAAUUUUGCAAGUACAAUAUCACUUUUUGUGGUGCAACAUGCUUUGUAUGCUACAGUUCUGAAGAUUCAGCAACAAUCAUAUUUCAAUCCAAUAGUCAUUUAAUUGGAAGUAAUCCUUAGAAUUUUGUGAUCCUUUUGCAUAGGGACACGUAGCCUUGUGCUGUGAAUAUUAUCACCACUAAUGGCUAUCACAUAAAUGGAAAGCUUGGUCUGAAGCAAACAAAAUAGAAUGGCAGUUUUGAGAUUACAUGAGUUCCAUAAUUCCACUAUUUAUUACUAUAGUUGGAAUUGAUGGAAUAUUCCAUAAAAUGAAGCCAUAUUCAAUGUAAUAUAGUCACCUUUUAAGCCAGAAUAUUGGGGAAUGACAUUUCUUGUUAAAUAUUUUUUUUUGUGUUUUAUCCAUGUGCAAUUACUGCUUUUUUUUUACUAUAAGCUGACUUGCUCUGAAGCCUAAAAAUGGUUUUUCAGUUGUUUCUAUCAAAGAUAAAUAAAAAUAAUGAAUUCAGUUUUGCACUGAUUCAGUCUUCUUGCUUUAGAAUAUCACUAAGAUACAAGUUGAACUUGUCCACUGCUCUUGGUAAACCAAGCUUUCAGAAUGAGAAGGAGACAGCCAUAACUAAAUGUGCAAAAUAUAAUUAACUUCUUAACAUCACUAAUGUUAUUUUGAUCCUCUCACUCAAACAGAACUGCUUUUUGGAAGAGGUAAAACUGUUAUUAAAUUCAACCAAUUUUAUUUAUUACAACCUUAAAUUAUUGAAAUAUUCCAAUUACUGGAGUUGAAACAUUUUCUAUUCUUCAGAUUUUGGUAUCUAAAUUUUAUAUCUGGCUGAAUCUUACUAACAUGAAUUCAGAACUUAACUGGAAUGUUAAGUUUGCAAACCACGCUUCUGUUAAAUGCAUUGUUUUUAAUUUUAAUAAUUUUGUAUGUUUAUUAGGGUCAAGAAUUAUUAUUGAUUUAGAUCAGCCUCUUUUUAUUCCAGUCCCUUUGUACAAUGGAAAAUAUUUAAAGCCACAGAUUGUCUGAAAUGAAAUUUUGCUUUAAAUUAAUAAGAUCUGGAAUAAACUUGAAAGUCAUAGAGGGAGAAAAAAAUGAUUAGAUUUUUUUGUAAAGAGAGAGAUUUGUAUUGUCUUGCGUGAUUGGAUUUGGUUUCUUAGUAUGCUUUCAUUUUUUUAAUACACCUGCUAUCCAAAUAAAGCAGCUUGAUCAAAAAAAAGAAAGUCAUGAAGAUAGUUAAACAAUAACAGCAAGAAAUACAGUAAUUUUGUUUUUCAAAGCGGUCUGCAAUCUUAACCAGUUGUAAUUAACAGUGGGUGUUUAAAAAGUAGAAUAAAUGUUUUGAUUUGCAUUUGAAAACUCUGUAAAUGUAAAUAAUAAUCUUGGUGCUUCAAUAUGUGAAUUUCAGUACUUUAAUUUUUUUUUAUUAAAAAGGGGCAGGUUCUCAUGAAACAUUUCGUUGCAUAAAUGUGUUUAGUUAAAAUUCCAACUCUUUCCUAUUGCACCUAAUCCUUGUUUUUAUAUGAUUGAUCUCUUUUAAGGUUUGUCUUUCAUUCUAAUGUGCAUUAGAUUGCCUUUUAACCAAAAAGACUUAUAUGAGAGCCUUAAAUAGUUUUUACCUGUUGAAGGAUGGGUGAUUACUACAAGAACGGUUGCAAACAAAACUGUGUCUGAUUAUGUCUUUGAUUCUUUGAACUAAGGGAUCCUAAUUUAGUCUAUCUCACCGUAAAAUGGUUGGGGAAAGAAUUUUCACUGGCCCCUAAUAGAUACAUUUGCAAUGCUGUUUUAAAUAUUGUUGUUUCUACUGUACAUUCUGCUUGUUAUGCUCCAUUACUUUUAAACAAUGUUUUGCUAUUUUUGAACUAUUACUGUAUUUCUAAGAAAUAUCUUAGGAAGAUCUCUUCUCACAACAUCAGCUCUAUUGGCAGUGAAUUCUUACAUUCUUCUAUCCGUCCUUAAUGAAAGACUGUUGGCCAAAAUACUUUCGGACUGCUUUAAAGCUGUUAACGCACUUUUGUGACUUUAUGGCUGUUGAAAAUGAAUUGUCUUGCAAAUAUUUUGAUAAACGUAUGUACUCAAUGAAAAACAAAAAUUUACUGUCUCAGGAAAGCAA